AGUUGAGCUAACAGAGAAUGUCUGUGCGAUUAUAGUAUAGUAGGAGUGGUGUGUGUGUGUGUGUGUGUGUGUGGGUGUGGGGAACUGGAUUCCCCGGCCCCUUCACGGCAGGGCUCGGCUCGGCCUCAGAGCUGGUUAAUGAGUUUGCGGGGAAGGCAGAAGAGUUCACUGAGGAGCUCGUGGAGGAGGGAGAGGGACGCACCGGUGCGGCACCGUCCUCAAGUUGGCACCAUGUCUCAAGCAAACGCGCAGGUUCCCAAAGCGCUCAAUAAAACCACCCCCGGCCUGCAGAUAUGGAGGAUAGAGAACAUGGAGAUGGUACCCGUCCCUUCCAAAGUCUACGGGCAGUUUUUUGAAGGCGACAGCUACAUCAUUUUAUACACCCAGAAGACCAGCAGCAGCUUCACCUACGACAUCCACUUCUGGCUGGGCAAGGACACCUCCCAGGACGAGCAGGGCUCGGCGGCCAUCUACACCACGCUGAUGGACGACCACCUGGGGGGCGUAGCCGUGCAGCACCGCGAGACUCAGGGCUGCGAGAGCGACACUUUCCGUGGCUACUUCAAACAGGGAAUCAUGUACAAGAAGGGCGGGGUGGCUUCGGGCCUGAAGCAGGUGGAGACGAACACCUACAACAUCCGCAGACUCCUGCACGUCAAAGGCAAGAAGCACGUGGUGGCUGGAGAGGUGGAAAUGAGCUGGAACAGCUUCAACAAGGGCGACGUCUUCCUGCUGGACCUGGGCAACCUGAUCAUCCAGUGGAACGGACCGCAGAGCAACCGCAUGGAAAGGCUGAAGGGCAUGAAUCUGGCCAAGGAUAUCCGGGACCGAGAGCGUGGCGGCCGCGCGAAAGUGACCGUGGUCGAGGGCGAGAACGAGGGCUCCUCGGAGGAGGCCAUGAGACUGAUGAAGCAGGUGCUCGGGGAGAGGCGUGAGCUCAAAGACCCCAUCCCCGACGAGGUGGUCGACCAGAAGUUGAAAUCUAGUGUGAAGCUGUUCCAUAUCACAGACGCAGAUGGGAACUUGGUGGUCCAAGAGGUGGCCACGAAACCGCUGACUCAGGAGCUGCUCAACCAUGAGGACUGCUACCUGCUGGACCAGGGAGGCAUCAGGAUCUUCAUCUGGAAAGGGAAGAAGGCGUCCAAAACAGAGAGGGCCGAGUGUAUGAACAAAGCGGAGGCGUACAAGAAGGCAAAGGACUACCCCCCGACCACCUAUGUGGAGAUGGUGAACGAUGGUGCCGAGUCCUCUGUGUUCAAGCAGCUGUUCACCAAGUGGACCGUAAAGGGUCAAACGGUUGGUCUGGGUACGACACACUGCCCCGGCAAGAUUGCCAAGGUGGAGCAGAUAAAAUUCGACGCCACCUCCAUGCAUGCGAGGCCGGACCUAGCCGCCCAGCAGAAGAUGGUGGAUGACGGCAGCGGUGAGGCGGAGGUGUGGAGGAUAGAGGACAACGAGAUGGCGCCUGUGGACAGAAAGUGGCUCGGCCACUUCUACGGCAGCGACUGUUACCUCAUCCUGUACAAGUAUGAGGUCAGCAGCAAGCUGCACUACAUCCUCUAUAUAUGGCAGGGUCGUCACGCCAGCACCGCCGAGCUCACGGCAUCCGCCUACCAGGCCGUCAUCCUGGACCAGCAGUACGACGGUGAGCCGAUGCAGGUCCGAGUGCCCAUGGGGAAGGAGCCGCCGCACCUUAUGGCCAUCUUCAAGGGGAAGAUGGUGAUUUAUGAGGAUGGGUCUUCUCGUAGCGGCGAUACGCAGCCGAAGUCCGGCCCCAGGCUCUUCCACGUGAACGGGACCAACGAAUUCAACACCCGCGCCAUCGAGGUGCCCCCCCGUUCCUCCAGUCUCAACUCCAAUGAUGUGUUUGUCCUCAGGACAGACAACUGCUGUUACCUGUGGUAUGGAAAGGGCUGCAGCGGAGAUGAGAGAGAGAUGGGAAAAUCUCUAGCAGAUAUCAUCUCCAAGAGGGAAAAGCACGUGAUUGCUGAGGGCCAGGAGCCGGCCGACUUUUGGGUCAGCCUGGGUGGGAAGUCACAGUAUUCCAACUCCAAGAGACUACAGGAGGAGAACAGCAGCAUCACACCACGCCUCUUUGAGUGCUCCAACCAGACAGGGCGUUUUCUGGCCACCGAGAUCACCAACUUCAACCAAGACGAUCUGGACGAGGAUGAUGUCAUGCUGCUGGACAUCUGGGACCAGAUAAUCCUGUGGAUCGGCAAAGGAGCCAACCAAACAGAAAAAGAUGCUGCUGUCACCACAGCUCAGGAGUACUUGAAAACUCACCCUGGAGGUCGGGAUGUGGAGACACCCAUUCUGCUGGUCAAACAGGGUUUUGAGCCCCCAACCUUCACGGGAUGGUUCCACGCUUGGGACCCGCAGAAGUGGAGCGAUGGGAAAUCGUAUGAGCAGCUGAAAGCUGAGCUGGGAGAUGCCACCGAUGUGAUCAAGCUCACUGUGGACAUGUCGAAACCGAGUUCCAACUCCUUGGGAGGACCCAUGAGUGUGACCUCCUCUUCCUUACCCACAUUCCCUGUGGACAAGCUGGUGAACUGCCCAGCAGAGAACCUGCCUGAGGGGGUGGACCCCACCAAGAAGGAGGAGUACCUCUCCAAUGAGGACUUCGCCCUAGUCCUCGGCAUGUCUCGCCUCGACUUCUACGCCAUGCCCAUCUGGAAGCAGAAGAACAUGAAGAAGGAGAAGGGGCUGUUCUAGGCGUGACCGACAAAUUGCAUAGCUAAACACGACCACACACUUCCCCUCUGAUGAAAAGGACACUUCAGCGUCUAACUAAACUCAACACCCUUACAUGACUCAUAGCCCGGUGCCUCAGUCUCACUGCUCUUUCAGGCUUGUGCAUGUGUGUCGUGUGUAUUUUUAACACAUAACCAAACUUGGCAAUAGUGAACAGAAGAGUGUAUGUUAACAGAAGAAAAAAGCAGAUCACCCCAUUACUAGUGAGAAAUAAUUAAUAUGAAAUGAAUAUCACACCCUUUAUUCAACCUGAUUUACUUGCAACAUUCUGCACUGCAGUUUUCGAAUUCCAUUUUAUUACGGAGCGACCCGUGAAAUAUAGACCCUGACCGCAGCCGGUAGUUCUGAUCACUCUUUGGUUGCCAUGUGGACCUUUUCAGAUACGUCCAGACUUAACAUUACCAUCUAGGGCUUUGCAGCUGUGGUGUUACAAAUAAAACGUGAGUAGUUAGCACUGUGUGGUUAGUUGUCCAAAUGCAACACUAACAAAUGAUUAUUUUACUGUUAAAGACAAUCAAAAAAGCAAACAGAAAACUAUUCAAUUUUUAACAAUAGCCAUUGUUAAAUUAUAUUGAUUUUU